AUGGCGGCGCGGUUUAUGCAUCUCCAUCACUUGCGGGAUCGGGACCAGGAGUUUCUUGAUUCCCUGCGGAGUCCGGACCCGGAACACACGGGAGGAGGAUGGGGCCUGGGCGGUGGGAACGAGGAGAAGGCGGAAGACGAAGACGAGGAGGACAAUAUGGACUGGGACCAGGCACAGGCGGUGGUGGAGCGAAUGGUGUCGCAAUUUUUGCCGAUUGAGUUCAUCAUCAUUGGUGGGGGAGUCGCCGGCCUCACCGCAGCAUGCGCGCUCAGCAAAGUGGGACAUCGGGUGACUGUGCUGGAGCAGGGCGACGAUUUCAUGCAGACGGAGUUUUCGGGCGGUUGUAGGCUGGCCCCAAACAUGACAAAAAAGUACUAUGACUGGGGGCUCGAAGAGGAAUUUAGAAAAAUAAGCAUGACGGGCCAUUACAUUACGCUUGCUUACUAUGAUUCGGGCAAUGUGUCCAUCGCAGCGGAAUGGGGUCGCGAUUAUUUUGCGGUCGAUAGAGUGGGAGAAUACGUGCAGAUGCAUUUUGCGGACUUCCGGCGAGUAUUAUACGAGUCGGCGCUCAAGUUCGGGGCUACCAUCCGCUCGAAAACUGUUGUGAAAGCGCUUUCACCUACGUCCAAUCGACCAUCCGUGACGCUGGAUACUGGAGAGGAGAUCUUCGCGGACGUUCUUGUUGGCGCAGACGGGAGCCAUUCAAUAUCUCGAGCAACUAUGAUUGGGGGUGCGGAUGAAAUGACCAGGAAGAAUCUGGCGUUGUUCAAUGCCGAGAUUCCGAGAGAGAAGUUGGCUGCGGACCCAGAUGUAGCACAAUUUCUGACAGAGAAUCAGUACGGUCAGCUGAUCCUGUGGAUGGGCGAUGGCAAAGGAGCAAUAGGGUUUUGUACAGCGAGAGAGGAGUUUACUAUACAAGCAUUUCUACCGGAUCCUAAGGGCAUGCCAUUUCCUUGUUCCGCGGUGGACAAAAGUACACUGCUCGAGGCGAUGCAAGGAUGCGAACCACGACUAUACAAGCUCGCACAAAUGUCAGAUAGAGCACUAGUAACACCGAUCGUAGAAAGGCCACAUCUAGAAGACUGGGUGCACGAGAACGGUAGGAUGUUGGUGAUCGGAGAAGCUGCGCAUCCUUUGACGACAGGGUCUGUCUAUGCUCCAGGAUUGGCGGCUGGAGAUGCCAUGAUGCUGGGUAGAUUAUUCUCGCACUUGCGCAGUCACGAACAAAUUACGCCCUUCUUAUUCGCCGUCGAAGAGGUUCGACAAAAGCGUAUUGCACGCGCGCUGAAAGUGCAGAUGGUCAACCCCGCGGUCCUGUCCCUUCCGGCGGGCGUUGAGCACAAGGAGUCUCUCAAGGUGGCAGAAAAUAUUACCGACCUUUCUCCUGUCGAACUCAACGAGCUCCUCGAAGAGGCUCUGACAAUUGUCUUCACGUACGAUCCGGAAGACGAAGCUGAUGAUUGGUGGAUGCAGUGGGGUAUGCUACGUGAGCGUGCAGGUAGCGCGGCUCAAAUGUCGUUCAGCUCCAUCCCAUUCGUCCAGGAAGACGUACAGACCACAAGUGACUAG